CCCGCUCCCUCUACCCCUUAUUACCACUCAAUCAUACAAUCACCUUCGUAAACGCGGCCAUACCAUUGCACCGUUCUUUAUAAUACAUUGUAAUAAUAGAAUACAAUGGAAUAUGACGAUGACUCCUUUUGGCAUGCCAAAAUUCUAUAUAUAAUCAUGGGUAUUCGCUGGCAUCUGAAAACAAUAGAUUACCCCUUAUAAGAACCAACUCUUUCCCAUUGAAUAAGAUUAAGUGAUAGAAAACAGUCACAGUCACUUCUUCAUACAAGACAUACUACCCUUAUCUAUACUUAUAUCAAAACCACACACAUCUCAGCAUCAUGCCUUCUUACUUUAUAACAGGAGUGUCCCGGGGACUAGGCUUCGAGUUUGUCCGUCAGAUAUCCGCAGACCCAAACGCCAUUGUCAUUGGAACCAGUCGAAACAAGGAGGCUACUGAAAAGAAAGUAGCUUCUGUACUGGGACGCUCCAACAUCCACAUCCUGCAGGUGGAUCUGACAGAUUAUGCAUCUUUGAAGAAAGCAGCUGAAGACACGUCCAAGAUUACCGGCGGGAGCCUCGACUAUGUCAUUGCCAACGCGGUGGUAUCUGACCGAGUCGAUUACAGAGAUAUCGGAGCCCUCGUUGACGAACCCGAGCUCGUGGAGAAGAGCUGCUUAGACGCGUACAAAUCGACCGUCAUCAGCAACUUCCACCUCUUCAACCUCCUCUUACCCCUGAUCCGACGCGGCACCGCCAAGAAGGUCAUCGCGAUAAGUUCAGGCCACGCUGAUCUCGACAUGAUCAACAAAGUCGGAGUCACCUCCGCUGUCCCGUACUCCAUGAGCAAAGCCGCCUUAAACAUCCUGGUUGCAAAGUUCAGUGGCCAGUACAGCCGCGAGGGGAUCUUGUUCCUGUCUCUCUCGCCAGGGCUUGUGGAUACGGGCAGUGAGGGGAAGGAGAAGUUUGAACUCACGGACGCCGAAAAACAGGGGCUUAAUAACAUGAUUGCCCAGUUCAGUGCCUAUGCGCCGGAAUGGAAAGGCGCAAUCACGCCAGAACAAUCCAUCAAGAUGUGUUUGGACGUUAUCAAUAACGCCAGCGUUGAGAAGGGUGACGGGGGUGCGUUUUUGUCACACUUUGGUAACAAGCAGUGGCUAUGA